GUAAACAAAGCAAAAUGGAGGCUGAUGCGGGUGAUGGCAGUGACUUGGCAAGUGAUGUUUCUAGUUCUAAAAUCCCAACAAGCACUGCUGUUGAAUCAAGCGGUCCUGAAGACGACGAACACGAUGAUGACGAACUGCCGAGUAUUCAAUUUGUCAAAAGUGUUUAUUUUAAACGUUUAAUUCAAAUAUCAAUCGUGGUGAGUGCAAUCUCAGUCGGAAUGAAUACUAAGAAGACGUUUGAAAAAUACAGACAAUUGUGGUAUGUCUCUCUAACACUAGAUAUUUUAGUCUUAGUUUUAUUUUUUAUUGAAUCGCUCAUGGAUAUGAAAAUGUUAGGCCUAUGGAAAGGCGAGAGAGCAUUUCUCAAAAAUCGCUUCAAUUUAUUCAACUUGGCGAUGUUGAUAUUUAUUGUAAUGUCCGUAGUGUUGCAAAUUAUCGAAGGGCCGUCUUUGUCUGGUCAUGUUCCAGAAUAUUUAAAAAUUAUAGCACGGGCACCCCGCUCGUUUAUUCUUAUCCGAGUCAUGAAAUUCUUCAUGAACUAUUCUCUAUUAAAUCAGGUACGGCGUCGCUCGGGUAAACAAAUCAGAAACGUUACGAUAUUUUUAGUAUAUUUCAUGAUUCUUGCCUCGUUAAUUGGCGUUCAGCUUUUCGGAGAGGAUAGCUAUUAUUGUGUGAAAGAAAAUAUUACUGACCUUACGAACGUUAACUAUAAAGACUUCAAUUUGCCAGAAAUACGCUGUAGACAUGAAAAGAGCCACGCGAAUAUUAAUAGCACAAAUUUAUGUCCUAAGGGCUUUGAAUGUCGAAAUUUAGAGCUCUCUGAUCGUCAACGAACGACUUAUUUUGAAAAUAUCUGGUACAGUUUCUUGACCGUAUACGAAAGUUCUACACAAGAGGGAUGGGUUCUUGUGAUGUACGCUCAAAUGAACAGUCAGAAUUAUUACGUUAGUGCGGUUUAUUUUGUGUCACUGAUAUUCUUUGUGGCUUGGCUUGUCAAGAGUGUUUUCAUUGCUGUAAUUACGGAAACAUUCGCUGACUUGCGAUCGCAAUUGUAUUUAAAAAACUGGCGCACUAAUCGCCGGGUAACCGGCUUAUCUUCCGAGAUCAUUCAAGACGACGGCACGGGUUGGCAUUUGGUCGCUAUUAAGGAAGAAUGGACAAAAACAAAGGCUUUUAAUCGUGCUAGACGAUUCCUCACCUCUAAAUACUUCCGCUAUAUGAUCUGGAUACUUCUGGCUUUAGACGCUAUACUUCAAGCUUAUUUAGAACCGCCUAUACGCCGUUAUCUACAUCUAGUGUUUACAGUAAUAUUUGACAUUGAGAGCUGCUUUAAAAUUUGGUGUGUUGGCAUAAAGAGUUACUGGAAAAUCCCAGUUUAUCGUUUCGAGUUAUUUUUGGCCGUGGGUAGCACGCUGUGUAUUGCACCAGUUGCAUAUGCAGAGAUUGACAUUUUAGUAGCUUUUCAUGUUUUACGUGUGACACGUCUAAUCAUCGCAGUGCCUAGUUUGAACGCCUUCCUACAUAAAGCAUUUGGAACAGGAACUAAGAUCGGUGCAGUGGUGAUAUUCACGUUGUUUCUGUUGGUUUUUGCAUCCAUUCUAAGUCUCCAGUUGUUUUCUGGCAUGGAUUUCGGUAGUGACAAUCCGGGGCCUUUUGACGACUAUCUGAAAUCGUCCGAGUCUAUGUUCCAAAUUAUUACACAAGAGGGUUGGGUUGAAGUUCUAGACACAGUAAAGUACGCGUCCUCGCCAAUAUUAGCCCCAUUUGUCAGUAUUUACUUUACUAGCUACAACCUCUUUGCAUCGCUUAUCCUUGGCAGCGUUUUCAUUGCUGUUAUUCUUGAUAAUUUGGAAAUUAAAGAAGAAACAAAAAUAUUGAAACAACGUAAAUUGGGAGAAGAAGGUUUGAAUAUUCAAGAAAGUUUGCCCAAGCGACUUCAAAUAUUUGGAAAGUUUAAAGAAAGUCCGAGGUUAGUGGAAACCUGGAAGGCUUCUGGUGACUUUCCUGUUCCUAAAGUUCGUCAGAGUUUCAUGAGAAGGUUUUUGGACGAUUCACGAAUGCGAUUGUCCCGUUUUACAGCCAACCCCAGUGUGUAUGAAGAUGCAUUAAUGACACAAAGAAAGGACAUGCCCUUCAAAUUACUAAGUUCUCCCGUUCGUGAUGAUGUUCACACUCUAAGAUUGAAGAAAAGAACUAGUCUAACACAACUUAUUCAAGAUUCAACGCGAAGACGCAAUCUUACGGAUCACACGGCAACACAGGGCAGGCACACAGCUAAGUCAUAUCUCUUAGGUUAUACAGCACGGCAGAUAAAUCGGAACGCGGCCAAGUUAACACAAGGUGCACGCAAGACAUCAGAAAGAGCGGACAUGAAUGCACUGCGACAAAUGAAGAGUCAAGGUGGACAAGGCACUGCAACUUUACCUCACAAUACAGCUGGAGCUCGAAACAACGAAGACUGGAACAUAAAAGAGUUGCGAGCCCGACGUGAACAAGCACAAAGAGUAAAAGCUGCGCACGAGGAAUCUCUACGCGAAAACCAUCCUUACUUUGAUUUCCCGCUUUUCCUUGUAUCACGUGACAGUCUUUUACGUCAAUGGCUACAACGCAUUGUUCAUGCUCGGUACGAGAUCGCAGGGAAUCAUGGGGAGGUUCAGUCCAAACGACCCAUGAUUAAUGAUGCUUUUAUCAAGAGAGUUUUAUCAACUCAAACCUAUUUAGAAUGGGUUAUUAUUCUUAUCACAUUUUCAUCCUGUGUUGCAAUGAUGUUUGAGAAACCACAUAGUCGACGGACAUUCGAUGAUCCUGUUCUUAAAUUCUUUGAGUAUCUCUUCGUUGUUUCCACAAGUCUCGAGUUGCUGAUUCGUGUUCUCGCUGAUGGGCUGUUGUUCACGCCUAAUGCCGUUAUACGAAGCUUUGGUGAUGUUAUAGAUUUAUCUAUUUAUCUGAUUGGCUUUAUCUAUAUCUGUGUAUCGCCGACGUUCAUCCAACGGAAUUCACCAGCUUACGCACUCCUGGUUCUCCGUGCCCUGAGACCACUGAGAGUGAUUAACCUCAUUCCAAAAAUGAGGCAAGUCAUUCAGGAAUUGAUUGGUGGGUUCAAAGAAAUCCUAAAGGUUGCAGCUCUACAAUUAGUAUUGAUGUUCAUCUUUGCAAGCUAUGGUGUACAGAUGUUUUCUAAUAAACUUAAGAGAUGUAACGAUGAGAACAUUAAAACUGAGGAGGAGUGCACUGGAGUGUUCUUCACAACGCUGAAAGGGCCACGUGAAAUGAGGGACUUAGCCGGCGAUGAAAACGAAAUGUUGGUUUCAAGGGUGUGGCAUAAUCCAAAAAAUUUCAACUUUGACAAUAUGUCUCGCGCAUUGUUGGCUUUAUUCGAGGCACUCUCGCUGGAGGGUUGGCUAGAUAUAAGAAAUGUUAUUGAAAAUCAAAAGGAUCUGGGAACAUUGUAUGGCUUUUAUAUUCAUGGCUACGUUUUACUUGCCUGCAUGAUCGGGCUGGCACUCUUUGUCGGUGUUAUAGUUAAUAAUUUUAACGAGAACAAAGGAACAGCGCUACUUACUGUUGAUCAAAGAAGAUGGGAAGAUUUAAGAAAGAGACUACGGCUUGCUCAGCCUCUUCAUCUCCCAUUGCGUCCUGAUGACAGUCCUGUUAGAUCUAGACUAUACGACUUGUUACAAUCUACACAUUAUGGUCGAGUGAACGUUAUCCUGGUUGUUCUAAACUGUGCAACUCUGGCGGUUGUACCAUGGAUUGUCGAGCCUGGUUCUCCGACUCCGAAGUCUUUGAUGUUAACUUCCGUGGUAUUGACUAUUCUAUUUGUGAUUGAAUGUUUUCUCAAGAUUAUUGCAUACACUUUCAGGGGUUAUUGGAGAAGUCAUCGCAACCGUUUUGACUUUUUUCUUACUUUAGUUGGUGUAGUGUGGAUUAUACUUCAUAUUGCUUUCGUUCACAAUCAUGAUCAUGACAAAACCUACAACGGGACGGUUUGGUUAGGUGUUGGGAUAAUCUUGUUUCGGUUCCUCAGUCUAUCUGGCAAACACGAUACGUUAAAGAUGUUAAUGAUGACAGUCUCUAUGAGUUUAGUCAAGAGUUUCUAUAUUAUAUUCGUCUUGUUAUUAAUCAUAAUGUCAUACGCAAUGGUUGGGGUCAUUGUGUUUGGUACUGUGAAACAUGGCGUCGCUAUAAACCGCGAUGCAAACUUUGAAGGCAGUAUUAAUGCAAUGAUAACGUUAUUCAGGAUAACAACUGGCGAAGAUUGGAAUAAAAUAAUGCAAGAUUGUGGGAUACAAGAACCUUACUGUACCGAGGCAACUGAAUUUGAGAAUUACUGGAAAUCUGAUUGUGGGAGUUAUGUUGGAUCACAUUGUUACUUUAUAUCAUUCUACGUGAUCUUAACGUUUGUUUUAUUAAAUUUACUGAUUGCGGUGAUUAUUGAGAACUUCUCUUUGUUCUACUCGAGUGAAGAGGACGCAGCUUUGAGUCAUCAAGAUUUAUAUCAGUAUCAGUUGACUUGGAAUCUCGUUGAUCAAAAUCGUAAAGGAUUAAUAACAGUUCGUCAAGCUAGAUUAAUUUUACGUUUGUUACGGGGAAGACUUGGGGUGGAUCCUUCCACGUUCCUAUUUAAACAUAUUUGCUUGGAGAUUGAAAAGUUUCGAGGUGGACGUGAAGUGUCUUUCCACGACUUGUUGGAAAUUCUGGCUUACCGAUCAAUUGACGAUAUAUCUCGAAGUUUACAGCUUGAGGAUUUGCUGGCUCGUGAGGAACUUGAACGGUCGAUUGAGGAAGAAGUAGCUAUACAAACUAUACGUGACUGGUUUUUGAACCUUAAGAAGGAGAAAGCUGUAAAAUGCGGGCGUGGGUACUCGUUCGGCGGAGUAAGUUCGGCGUCGAGUGUUGAAACUGAAUCAAGUGAUGAGGAAGUUCAGGAUCAACCUAACAGACUGUCCGUAAAAGGGUUACAAAAACGAAGUACGAGUUCGAAAACGUCAACGCCAUCUAUUGCUGUUGUUAAUGAUGAACCUCAAGCAGAAGCGAAGGAGGAACAAAAAGAUGAAACACAACUAGAUGAAUGGUUUACGAAUCAAAGAAAAUUAUGAAAAAGGUGAAUUUAAUGUAGGACAUGAUAGACAAAUAUUUAUGAAGUAACUUUGUGGGGGAUUUGCUAUAACUUGCGCUGUUUAAGCAGGGAUUUAUACAAACACUUUUCUGCUAUCGGUAUAUGGUAGUAAAAUCUCAGUCUUCAAACCCAAUCUUUCUCCGUAUUUAAAUUUUUCACACAGUUAUACUUUGAAGAAAUUGUGGCAAAUGUGAACAAUUCAUUGUAAAUGGAAGAAAGUAAUUGAUCGUUGGCGUUGUAUAUUCAUUUCCAUCUCCAUUAAAAACUUGUUUUAAAACGAUUAUAUUUUUGCUCAAAAGUGCUGUCUGAAUGUCUCGUACUAAAACUCAAUCUUCGUCCGAGAAAAUGUUUGUAUAAAUCUAUGUAUAAGGAUAGCCUAUGUCGUUCUUGUCAUCAUUAUUGCAUUUCAUGAUCUUGAUCUAACUAGUCAUGCAUCCAAGUUCUCAGAUAUUGUACUCAAGCUAACAGAAUGAGAAUUAAAGCCCGUUUUCCACUAAGCUACUGUUUCCUUUGUCGACAUCGCUUUUGCAAAGCGCUUCGCGCGAACAAAUUCGCGUAGUGGAAUCCGACUCAGUGUCGAUUUCAGGUCACUUUCAAAGCGCGUUUUCAAGUUUGUUUUAAAUAUUCCUAAGUUCAUUUCUAAAUGGACCUAUUCCCUAAUGAACAAAAUUUUGAUCUAGACAAGUCUAUCACAAAAUUAGUAAUAUUCCGAAGUUUUGUUGCGAAAUUUUGUAAAAUGUGGAUAAUAUAGCCCUGCGAAGUUUGCGUUUUUCAGUCAUUUUGUAUUACGCACGGGAAAUUGAUAUCACUUUCUGAAAAAAUGUAUCAAUUUCCCGCGCGUAAUACAAAAUGACUGAAAAACUGCAAACUUCGCAGGGCUAUAUAUUUUCCGCAUUUUACAACAUUUCACAACGAAACUUCGGAAUAUUACUAAUUUUGUGAUGCUCUUUCGAGCUGUGAUGAAAUUUUUGUCUAGAUCAAAAUUUUGUUCAUUAGGGAAUAGGUCCAUUGGGCGUGGAACUUGCACAGCCAACUUCGCAAGUUGCUUUAAUACUAAAGUGCCGAAAUAUACUCAACUAGAGUACCGAAGUACUGAACGUAAACUCGUAAUUUGCAGUGUACCAUUACAGCCAACGAAUUAAACAUAUUUCUUAAAAGCUUUUUAAUUAAAAUAAUUAAAUUGUCAAAUUUGUUGGCUAUAUUAGUAAAACACUGCAAAUUACGAGCUUAUGUUCAGUACUUCAGUACUUUAGUUGAGUACUUCAGCACUUGAGUAAGCAACUUGUGAAGUUGGCUUUGCAAGUUCCACGCCAUAUUGCAAAUUUAGAAACGUCAUUGGGAAUAUUCACGUACACAACAAACUUAGGAUUCGCGAUCUAAAAAGUGAUCUGAAAUCAGCAACUUAAUUUAAGAAAUGUUCGCGCAUGAGUUUUACUAAACAUGAGGCCGGAGACAACGCCCGUACACAUUUCUUGAAAACAGGUUAUUAGUUGCGGAAGGCUGCAAUUUUGUUGCUGGUAUAUGUUUCUUCACCUUAAAACGGCAAUUAGAGCGAGAUGGCCUAUCCUAGAUAAUCGCCCGAGUUCAAGCAAAUCCCACUUUAUGACUGCAUGGGAGUUUUUACAUGAGAUAAUCAUUGCUUUAUGUAACUGUGAAAUAAAAAACAACAUUUCAAGCAAAGGCCUAUUUCCAUGAGAAACUGGUUGACGAAAUUGCUCAUUGGGGGAAUACGGUUGUCUGCCUACACACCAGGGCCUGGGUUGUACGAAGGCCGGUACCCAGAUUAAACUUUACUCUUUAGUAUUUAGAUAUCAAAGUUUCGUUUUAUUACAGUUGAUUUCACGAAACGUUGGCCACGCCAAUUGCGAGGUUGGUUGGGAAUUUGGGAACUAUAAACACGGAUCAUCAAGUUGAUUGGAAACCGGCCAAUCAAAUUCGAAAGUUUCGCAUCAAAUUAUCGAAAUUCGUUAUGAAAUGCCGAACCAAGUUCGCAAGCAAGUUCGCAAAUUGCAAACGAUUUUGACGGUAAAUUUUAAAAACUAAACUUAUUGUAUUAAACUUAUUAUAAUUUUAAACUUGAAAUUAUUAUUAUUAUUAUAUUAUUUAUUGUUAAAUGAAUAAGUUUAGUUUUUAAAAUUUACCGUCAAAAUCGUUUGCAAUUUGCGAACUUGCUUGCGAACUUGGUUCGGAAUUUCAUAACGAAUUUCGAUAAUUUGAUGCGAAACUUCCGAAUUUGAUUGGCCGGUUUCCAAUUAACUUGAUCAUCUUGUGUUUAUAGCUCCCAAAUUCCCAACCAUCUCGCAACUGGCGUGGCCAAACUUUCGUGAAAUCAACUGUAUUUGUGACGUCCAUAUAUCCAUAGUUUCAUAGCUUUUCAAGCAUUUUUAAACGGUUCAUAAAAUCACUAUAUAUACCCGGCUAUCCACCCUUCGUACAACUGGGCCCAGACGAUGGGCCCUUGCUGGAAAUGUUUUUUAUAAAUAUAUCAUUUUUAAGGUAGACGAGAGUUAUGUAGCCGUUGGUAAAAAAAAUUAGCAAGUACGCGCGUUUUGCUCGUCUGUAUGGGUCAAAAGACAAAAAAGAAAAUUUGUUCGGCGGUUUUAGUAGCUACAAUAACCAUAGCUGCCAGAACACUGAACAUUUGUCAUAAGUAGUAGUGAUAGAAAAUCUGUUUUACGUACAGGUGUAAUUAGCAAAUACAACUUGGCAUUACAGACAACUUGUUUGUCUGUUGCAGGCUUAAACCUGCCGCACAUGAGAAACUUGCAGAGCUAACCGCCUCGUGUGGCAGCUAACUCAGCUAUGAAUUUUCACCACACACGUUGGGAAACUAUACUCAACAGGAAUAUCGUUGAUAAGAUCGUUUGCAUUCCCUCCAUUAUCGCCAUUUUGACCAAAGUCACGUGAAGAAACUAUGGGUUCUCAUUUGCCAGUUAAUUGACCACUUGCGUAAUAGACUAAAUUUUGAUCUCAACAAAAAUUUCAUCACAGCUUGAAAGAGCAUCAAAAAAUUAGUAAUAUUCCAAAGUUUCGUUGCGAAAUGUUGUAAAAUGCGGAAAAUAUAGCCUUGCGAAGUUUGCAAUUUUCAGUCAUUUUAGAUUACAAACGGGAAAUUGACAGCCCAAUACCCUUUGGGGCUGUCAAUUUCCCGUUUGUAAUACAAAAUGACUGAAAAUUGCAAACUUCGCAAGGCUAUAUUAUCCGCAUUUUACAACAUUUUGCAACAAAACUUUGGAAAAUUACUAAUUCUGUGAUGCUCUUUCAAGCUGUGAUGAAAUUUUUGUCUAGACUUGUUGAGAUCAAAACUUAGUCUAUUACGCAAAUGGUCAAUUCAAGCAGCUCAGCACUGAGCUCGCAACAUUUUUUUCGCAAAGACGAUCCGAUAGAUAUUUUCCUCAGGGUCUCAAGCAUCUCAAGAGGUAUUAUUAAGUAGCUCAGCAAGCUUCUCUCGUGUGCAGCAGGCUUUAAAUAAUGAAACUGUGGAUUUCAAUCCUCGCCAGCUUGAAAAGAAAAAAGGCGUUUCAAGCCACGGCUGUCAUUGUAACUGGAAAUUAGUAGGACGAACUAUACUUACGAAUGACCGUCGCUUGAAACGUCCACGUAUGAUCUAAUUACUGAUGAGUAACAACAUCAACAUUCAUCAACAUGGUUUCCUUUCUGACCUUAGAGUCAAUAAAUGGUAUUAAAUGCCAAAGUUGUCAUUCAAAAAUAAGAGUUUCUCACCAGGGACUGGUUGUACGAAAGCCAGGAUAGCGGUAUCCACGUGAUAGUGAUCCUCUCAAACUUUCUAAAAACUACCCGUUCAUAAGCCUUCUAGAAUUUCAUACGGGGCCGUCUGAAAUUCUACCUAUACAUUGAUUAAAUAGACCGUAUGCAUAAUGACGUCACAAGGCUUGAUGCCCGCGAGGAAUGCUGGUCUUCGUAGUCAUCGCCCAGGAAAAUUUCGAUACUGGCCAUUUUUAAUUGUUUAAUUUUCUUGGGCGCUGACUACUAACCCCAGCAUUCCUCGCGGGCAUCAAGCCUUGUGACGUCAUUAUGCAUAAGGUCUAUUAAAAUAAAGUUUCAUUCUAUUUUUAACUGCAAGUUCGAUCUCCGUAGACUUUUUACAACGGUUGAAAAAAUCACUAUCCGGUGGGUAGUGCUAUAUGGCAUUCGUAUACAACCACCCCUGGUGUGUAGUGCUAUUUCAUUUUGUCACUUUGAGUAAGGCAACUCUUCUGCUUUCUUACACAGAGCCAUGUUAACAUGCAGUACUUACAUAAAAAUGGUGAACAUGGCCCCCAUUUGGACCUCAGGUCACUUUUCAACGCGCAUUUCCUAAAGCCCUGGGCAAACUAGAAAACAUUGUUGCGGAAACAUUCUUUCCUACCAAUGUUUCCCCAUGUUUCCCAGAGUGGCCAAACACUAUGAAACAUUAGUGAGAAACAUAGGGAAACAUCAAAUGUUUCUGUAUUUGCUAGGAAACAUUUUUGCUUCUCGGGAAGCAAAUUUUGUUUCCGCAACAAUGUUUCCACGGGUGGGCAAACAGGGAAACAUUUGAGGAAACAUCGAGAAUCACAAAUGUUUCCACAACAAUGUUUCCUAGUUUGCCCAGGGCUUAAGUUUGUUGCGAACAUGGCAAAUUUCCAAGUUUGGGCAUGAACUUCGCAAAAAAGUUCGCAAGUUCAUUUCACUGUUUGAACUUCCAUGAUUGUAACAAAUGUUCACAGUGCAAGUUGAAAUUAACAAUUCAUUUGAAAGUUCUUGGUUGGUCUCCAAAGAAAGUUUGUAUUUCAAAUUGGUUAUUAUUAUCAUCGAGUUAUUGAACAUUUGUUUACAAACGAAGUUCAAACAUUGCGAACUUCGUUGCGAAGUUCACGCCCAAUUUUCGAACUUGGAAACGUAAUUGGCAAGUACGAAAAGUGACUUGACAAUAAAUAGACGAUUCACCACGAAUGCUUUUUACAUAAUUUGGAGAUAAGAAAUUUCGUUGCGAGUUGCAGGAAAACUGGCUUCGUCUACGUAAGCAUUUUCUUAGUUUUCGAUUGAGAGUUCAAAAACCAGAGAAGUUCAUUACGUUUCAGUAUGACUAAACGGAAAACAGGCUUAACAAAAACAGUUCGUUUCGCCAAGAUACCGAUACUGCAGAUGGCAGACAAAAUAUUAAAUAUCAAUCUAUACAUUUAGUAGCAAAUUUUUUAAUUGAUAAGUUAUGUUGGAUUUCAGGUCAAUUUCUAUGGGAAUGGCAUGGUAAAAAAGAUGUACUAAAUAAAUGAAUAAGAAUUUAUAUUUAACUUAUUAAAUGGUAAUAACAUUUUAUUGUAAUUCUGAAAUAUUUUAACCUCCUCGACUUUUAGUUAAUUGACCGGUUUAGACGUUUUAUUGUUGCUAAGAUUCCAUGCACGUUUUCAAUUCUUGCCAGGGAUUCCUCUACCGGCCCAGUUUGAUCAUUCUGCAGUGCGCAAAUAAUUCAUUUCAAAUUUUAUGACUUGGAUAACGUGUCUAUAUCUCGCUGUUUAGUCUUAAUCCUAACUCUAUUUGACCCGACCUCAAUUGGUGGAUACAGCAAGUGCCUAUAGUCAUUAUAGCUUGGGGCCUUUGUGGAUCGUUGGCUCUUUUGAGACCGGUUAAUAAAAGCCAACUGCAGAUAGGUAAGCAAUUUUAACCGUGUGAAGCAUUCAUUUGACCAAGUGGGCUAAAUAGCCCAGUGUUGUUGACCAAGGGGGCUAUAGCUUAGUGGGCAUGGCCUGCGUUCAACUUUAUUAAUAUUUUGCACACCUAUCAUAC